ACUGCCAAACACGGCUGUGUUGAAGACUUGACGCUGCAGUCACCUCUGAGCAAACAUUUAUUAUUUUCUUCAACUAAAACGCAGAGAUUAGAAAAUUUAGGAGGUUUUACGCACAGCGCCAGAGCUUAUGGUGACUUGCGUUUACUACAGUACACACUUUUGUAAUUUUUUUUGUGUUGCGGACUUGUUGUCAACACAAUGUGGGGGAUCCAAAGGACGCGGUAUGCAGACUGCAAUGGCUCUGAAGCCAGUGAAGAGACAGAGAUUGUAGUUAACAUAGGCGGAGUGAAACAGGUGUUAUACGAGGACGUGUUGAAUCGCUUCCCGGACACCCGGCUGGCAGAACUGGUGGACUGUUCACUUAAAUCUUCUGAAGAAAUAUCUUUACUAUGUGACGACUACGACCCUGACACUGGAGAAUUUUAUUUUGACAGAGACCCCGAAGCAUUUAAGUGUAUAAUUGAACUGUACUAUUAUGGAGAGAUUCACAUGAAACGAGGCAUUUGUCCAAUUUGUUUCAUGAAGGAGAUGGAGUUCUGGAAAAUCGGCUCUGAUUUUUUGGAUGACUGUUGUAAAUGCCACCUGAAGGAGGUAGAGGAUGAACUUGCAGAGAUUGCAGAGAAAGUGAGAACUAUCCUGGUGGACCGGGAGGGAGAUCCGUCUGCAGAAGGCUGGCAGCGCUUUCAGAUGUGCCUCUGGAGGCUGAUGGAGAAGCCGGAGUCCUCGAUGCCUGCGCACAUAAUCGCUAUAGUUUCUUUCAUCUUCAUCCUCGUCUCCUCCGUGGUGAUGUGUGUCGGGACCAUCCCCGACCUGCAGGUGGAGGACGCGGAGGGUAACCUCUCGGAGCACCCAACUCUGGAGGUCAUCGAGACGAUGUGCAUCCUCUGGUUCACUGUUGAAUACCUCCUGCGUCUGAUCUCCUCUCCAAAUAAAAUCAAAUUCGUCCUGUCUUUCAUGAACAUCAUCGACUUCAUGGCGAUAAUGCCCUUCUUCGUGGUGCUGAUUCUGACCUCCUUCGGCGCAGGAAUGAUGGAGCUGGCUAACGUGCAGCAAGCGGUGCAGGCUUUACGCAUAAUGCGCAUUGCGCGCAUUUUCAAGCUGGCACGGCAUUCCUCUGGUCUCCAGACCCUCACAUCUGCCCUGAAGAGCAGCUUCAAAGAGCUCGGACUUCUCCUCAUGUAUAUGGGCGUGGGGGUCUUCCUUUUCUCCGCAUUGGGCUACACCAUGGAGCAGAGCCACCCGGACACCUUGUUCACCAGCAUCCCGCAGUCGUUCUGGUGGGCUGUGAUCACCAUGACCACGGUGGGCUAUGGAGACGUCUACCCCAAGACCACUUUAGGUCGGUGCAACGCGGCCAUCAGCUUUCUGUGCGGGGUGAUCGCCAUAGCGCUGCCUAUACACCCUAUCAUCAACAAUUUUGUCCUGUUCUACAACAAGCAACAGGUGCUGGAGACUGCGGCCAAGCAUGAGAUUGAACUGAUGGCGCUGCGCUCCGGCGACGGCGAACAAGAGGCUGCACCCGGCGCCCAUAAACAUGUUUGCGGUGCAGGGGUCUGGGACAACGCCAUGCGCUCCUGUCACAGCGACACAUACAUCCCCUUACUGAAGGAUCCCAGGGGAGGGGCGGGGAUCCAGACCCCCAGCAUGGACACAAGCUUUGAGAGCACAGCGGAGGCCACUGAAUAUUUCAUCUCAUGAACACUGAAGACAUCGCAUCAUUUGAAAACUGCAAAAAAGAAAAAAAAAAGAAAAGAAAAGAUAAACAACAACAACAAAAAAAAAUCAAAUGAAUUAUUCAUUUUUGACUUAUUCAAACACCCGUUCAAUUCAGGGUCAAUGGAGACAUGCUUGUAAAUAGCCUUGUAAAAAUAAUAGGGCCGCAGUAAUGCUCUCCAAGGACCUUAAAUGCAUUUGAGGAAUUGUGCCUAUUAUAGGGACAUGUGUGUGAGAUAUUGACUUGAUGAGCUGUGCCUUUGCGCAGUAACUCCCUGUAGGCUGAGGGGUUCUGUUUGAACAGCCAGUACACUGAUUCCCCCAUGUAGGCUUCUUAUAUAACACCCCCAUUCUCAAUCCUCACACUCAUACUGUAGACUGCACUGUAGCUUCUUUCUCUGAGCAGAAAUAUGUAUCAAAAUGGAUGUUUGUUUUUUUUAAAUAACAAAGACUGGUAGCUCCUCCAGGAGGAGAAGAUAAAUAAUAGGGUAAUUAAUAGUGUACAGGCAUCACAACAAAACUAGAUAGGUACUUAUAGUGCCAUACAUUUCCCAGUGAGACAUUAAAGGUACACAAGAGAACAGUGAUGGUUUUGGAAGAGACUAUAAAAGCAACAUAUGAUCAAGGCUGUGCAACUCUGGUUCUGCCUAUGAUCUUCUUGGCAUCAGUGUAAAUUUGUGUACUUGACACUGUAUGAUUGUGAGGUAAUAUGUCAGAUAUAAAACUCCUCUACGGUGCAGGAAUGUUAAAAGCGGUGACUGCGAUCAGAUAGGAUCAUGUAACCGACACCAGGACCUCUGAAGCUUCCUUGGCUGCAGGACAUGUUCCUAUAAUGGGUUUAAAUUUUGCAGCAGCCGUCACCACUCUGCCUCCUCCCUGGAGGCUUGGUGGAAUAACUUGAACACCAAGUUAUGGGACGAGGAGGAAGGAGCAACAGGCUGGAGGUUAAACAAAUAUAAUCCCAGUGGUUAAGUUACUAAACUUAUAAAAAAAACAUGUGUUUUAGACUGCAGGUUAGUUAACCUGAAAAUCUGAGUGGAAGGAAAGGAACUGUGAUUAAAGUAUGAAUAAAAAAUAUAAAUAAUAAGGAGUUUUUUUUUUUAAUUCAUCACGCAUUAUCAUGCUAGCAGGUUAUCAACAUAAACAGAAGGUGUAAGAGUAUUAUUAGGGCAGUGCCUGCUUCUGUCUUAAUGCAUUACUGCUCUCAUUUGGUGAAACUGAUGAAAGGACGAUAUAUUUUUUCCACUCUAAAUUGGCUUAAUGGGCUCUGUAUUUAAAGGUUGCAUUUUCACAGUUUGAAAGGUCUCAACUCCUACACCAUUAGUCUGAUUGACAUGGAACUUGCUGCACGAAUGGAACAAUCCUCGGAAACUAUUAGUUUGCACAAUAGGGAAGCUAUAAUUAAAAACUGACAUAUUUAAUUCAAAUGUCAUUUCUCAGAUGUCAUUUUUUUUGCAUCCUGGAGGAAUGAUUUAUGUCAAGAUUGUGUUCUUGUGCCCAGUCUUAUUUUGUGAUUUUAUGAAAUGAGCAUAAUGUCUUGACACACAUUACUAAAACUGGGCAAAUAAAUAAGAAGAGCAGGGCAUUAAUAGCAGCAGGUGUAGCCUGAAAAUGAUAUGGUGCAGUUGAAAACGGUCAGAUAUAUUUGCCCUCAGCUCUAAUGUGGAUUCAACUGUGUAACUGAAUCUACUUCUGUUUUUUCCCUCAUUAGCCGAAAAUGGUUCCCAACCUUUUGUUUCUGACAUUCCUCCACAGAACUCAACUUCAGACAUCACCAGUCAAAUGCGUCAAAUGGAAGGUUCCUGUUGGUCGGUUCUGGCCAAUCAUAUUGUGCCAAGUUCUAAACUUCUUUUAAAUUAGAAAAUAUUUUAUUAUUAGGAUGCUAACUACUACUAAUAAUAACAACACAUUUUGUUAAUUAUUAUCAGGCAGCAACUGGAGGGGAUGGGGAAAGAUGCAGCAGGGAGAUAAUUCCAGGGAGGGACACCUAAAUGUCCACAUAGUGUUAACUGUAACUGUAACCUUUGCUCCAACCUCAGUUUUUGGUACAAAACAUUUUAACAUUUUGAAAACCGUAACAGACAAACACAUUAUUAACACACAUAUAUAAACACAAUUUUUUAUGCUGGACUUAAAAAAUUCAGAUUUUACAUUGGUUUGGGUAUCUUUAAAAAACAAAAAACACUGUUUGGCCUGAAUUAAAGGCAAAAAUGUAAAAAUUGAAGUACUGUGAUCAUUACAUCACCAACAAAUGUUAAUGGAUUGAAGAAGGAUGAUACAUCUUACUGCUGCCGUACUGACGUGGUGUCUGCAUCAAUCACUGGGACAAGAUGUCAGUUUGUUUGAUUAGUAAGAGGGCACUGAUCCAGUAUUAGAUUCCUCUUCAGUAAUGUUUUCGACUGAGCUCUAGUCUUAGUUAUGCAGCCUGAGAGAAAGAUCAUGGAGGAGGUCAGGCAGGACUGCAGGUUGUCCACCCACUCGUGUCCUAGACUGGACUCGGCUAUCUCUCCUGGCCAGCAGCAGAUUCACACAUGUCAAAGCCUGGAGAAAGGCCUUUGUACACACUGACAGGUGGAGCUGGAAUGUCAAAGGCGAGCAUUGUGUAAUGGAACAAUGUUCCUCCAGCAGAUGCACAUGCAAAUACACAUACACCUUCACGUUCACGUUCAAAUUUAGAUUUACAAGCACACACACACACUGGCCUAUACAAACAUUCCCCCUCCUCUUCGCCGCCUACCCACAAGUGUGUACACAAAUAAUUGCGUGCACACAUACACAAGCUGCUACACCCCUAUACCCACAGCCAUGUGUGAUCCACUCUACAGUAACCUGCCGUGAUCUGCUGGCUAAUCACCAAUUUUUACACCCACAUGUUGGUCAUCUGUGGCAUUCAGUGGGUGUUUAAGAAAAGAGGUAUUCCUGAGCAUUUAUUUAAAAAUUGUGCUCAUUACCCUUGACAUAAAUAGUCAAUUUUUUUGUGAGAAUUUCCAGCUAGCUAUGGUUGUUGUUACUAAAUCAACACAUUUGUUCUGGGUGUUCACUGACUCAUUCGACUUUGAAGAGAAAGUUGCCUAUGCGUGUGUAUGUGCAACACAGAUUUUUCUAAAAAUGCUCUAAACAGACGGAAAGGAUCACAAUCUGCGUAGGUGUUUGCUUGGGGAAAGUUUUUCGAAUUCUUUAGCUGACAGUUAAAUUACUUUCCUGUUUUAUUUCUAAGAUGCUGACAUUUCAUUCCACAGCUAAGCCAACAUGCAGUGAGGGUGGAGAAGAAUAAUUAACAAGGCAAAGUCUAUGUAGCAAUGCAAUGUUUGCUUCAAUACCAUAGUGCUGUGUGUGCACUUCCAUAUUUUAUAAUGUAUUAAAUCAUGGAUCAUGCUUGUAGGAUAAAUAAAUGCAGUAUGACAUUCUGCCUGAACCCUCAGAUAGUAGAUUGCACACUAUCGUACAACCAAUGCGUUUGAGUGUGUUUUAAUCAAAGGGAUUCCUGAAUCUCACGUGUCCCCUCCAGCUGACUUACAGCUCUGAUUGUUUUCUGGCGACAUAAUGGCGUAUUGGUAUCAAGUUACACACAACCAUUUUGAUGACAGCACAAGAUCCCGCUCCCCUCUGCCUGUUCCCGUCUCCCUCGACCUUUAGGACAGGGAUCUUAUUCAACUCAGAUCUCUUGUCUAAAAAUAGGGAAAUCCCUGUUUGGCACGCUGUAUAUAAACGGUACAGACAAAUGGAAGUUCAAGACAAACUCAGGCUAAUUGAGUUGUGCAUGUGUGUCCCUAAACAGCUGUUUCUUUGUUGUUGUUUCAUGAAUGUGUCUCAACUGUAAAAAAGUGGUUGUGAUAUAAAAUGAUUGCUGUCCAGUUUCCUUUCCAAUCUAAAUGUCCAUAGUGUCUGAGAGUAUAUCUUUAACUAUUAAAGUCCAUUAAAAAAUG